GAAAUCAACUACGGAUCGUAUGUUUAUGAUGGGGUGCAUUACUGGUGGUGUAGCUGUUGCAGCAAUUGGUGCAACAUACCUGAUCCUUAAAAAUAGCCGCAAUUUAAGUGCAUUACCCUUUGCACUUACAUGUGCUAUAUUUGAGGUGACAAUUCCAAGUGACCAUGAGAAUGAAUUCAAAGAGUAUGUCGACAGAAAGUUGAUUUCGCAUUUGCAAAUAUAAUUUGAAAAAAAUGAGAGUCAUCUGGAAGUUCUGGGGGUUACAACCGGAUAUUCAGAUUAUCAAGACAAUAUCAUCAAACAACUACAAUUCGUCAAAAUAGUGUCGGUGGAAAGUUGUAGUCAAGAGAUUGCAGAAAAAGCAUUUGAAGAUAUGUAUAAGAAAGAAGCAUUCGAUGAGCAACAAAGAAAAAAAAUUUGCACACCAAAAAACCUCAUUAUCAAGGAAGGGCCCAAAUCACCGAGUACUCAGAUAUUUGCCUCGUAUGAUCCUGGCGAGGGAGCAGAUAGGUACAUUGUUACAGCACAUGACCUCGGAACUGGGAAAGAAGUCAUAAAAUCAACAACCAAUAGGUUUUGUGUCGUUGAUGGCCUUGAAGCUGGCCAUUCCUAUUUGUUGGGGGUGAAAUCUCUUCAUGGCGGUCUAGAGAGUUUAGAACUCUUAGCAAAGGAUCAUGUGCGAACUGCAAUGUAUGAUCCAUAUCCUUGGAGGUACAUAGAUGAUGAUGAAAGCAAAGCUUUAAUCGGUGAUGGAACAUCAGUUGCUCAAUAUUCAGAAGCUGGAAUAAGGAAAUUUACAGAUGAUAGUGCUUUGCCCGAACUAUGGAAUUCUAGCCUUCAUGUGGAAUUAUUGAAAAUAUUCGGGAAGAGAUUUGGUGAUGCAAAAAUGAAGAGCCUACUUUUCAAGUGUGAUGAGCUUGGAAUUUCUGAAGCCAGGGAUCUCAAGUUCAUAGAAAGCAAAGAGGUUGCGGAGGAAUUCAAAUGCACGUUGAAAAUGGUCGAACUCUUGAAGCUGAUUGAUUAUGCAAAAGAUCAGUCAUCUACAGAAGAAAAAAGAGUCCCUGGCAUCGUAAUAAAUUCGGAAAAUAAGCCGACACAAAUCACUGCAAGUGGCUAAACAGACUCAGAAAUGAAGAUGGAAUUUCACAUUACUAGAGUAGUUUAGUUUUUCUGUAUUUUCUAGUGUAGCAAUGUAUACUCAGUAUGGUAGUGAACGGUCACAAAGAUUAACGAAGUGGAUUUAAGCAGUGUUAUAGUUAACUAUUUUGAAUUAAUUACAUUUAAAAAAAGAUUUGGUUUUACAAUUUACAGCACCUAUUGUUUAAGAAUGUUCAGCUAAUUUUAUGCAAAAAUUAUUAAUUUUGGCUUUUGUACUUUAUUUGUUUUACAAGUUCAAUUCAUUUAUCAAUUAUUUUUCUGAAUCCUUCGUCCGUUGAGUUGAAAUCAUGUACGGAUAAUUAUGCAUAAAUUUUCACCUUCAGGCCUAUCCUAAAUUUUAUAUACAUUUUUGCAGAAAAUAUAUACUCUGGACUAGAUAA